GAAUAAUGAUGUUUCAAUGAGCUCCGCAGACCUAGAUGUCUCCACCAGUGUGUUGUCGGUCUCGUCAUCGAUCGAAUCGGAAUCGCACGUAACCGCUGAAAACGGCGUUCUCGGCGCUACAGCUCUUGUCACUACCGAGGCUAACAUGAUCCCUUUGAGCACGAUUUUCGUGCCUUAUGUAACAGCGGAGGUCGACGCUUCCGUUGCCACGUCACUUGCCAUCAGUGAGGCAAUUUCGCUCAAGAUUGGGGAUGACCAGUCAGCUACACUCGGCUCCACUGGAGACUACGUAUCCGCGCGUUCGGCUGCCGAUCUGGAGAGUAAUGUUUCAGAAACGAUCAGCAUCGCUCAGAAAACUGUUUUACCUUCAAUCACUUUGGCCUCUCUAUUCCCAAUUCGUAUCACGAAUCAUUUUCCGUCCACCGAAUCCACUGUAUCUCAAAACGGUUGGUCGGCUUCUCCAGAUGCUCCUUUUGAGGCUCAGUCGAAACCGCCCACGGAUUCUUCACUGCCUUAUGGCUGUUAUGCUGCCUCGGUUAAUGUGACCGGCCUGUUGCCUCCAACUAAGCUUGCUAGUUCAAGUGAUGAAGAUACUCUUUCUCAUAUAUGGCGACCAAUUGAGUGUGAUAUACGCUCGAUACAGCCUUCUGUUGUCACAAUGCCGUUUCAUCUGAUAGCUCCGCUUCACGGUAAAGCAGAAACGCAACCAACUUCUUGCGUGUUGGCCGAGAAUGCGCCCAGCAAUGAAAGUUUGGAGGUGUCUCAGUUGCUGUCCAACGCGAACGCGAUCGACCGAGUAUCAUCAGUCCGAGAUUCCCCACGAUUUCCUUCUCCCGUGUCUGGGUCGUUUUCUCCUGCCCAUCGUCCUCAUCAUCCUGCAUCUGCCUCCGCGACACCACCACCGCCAGCCUCACAGGAGUUGAAAUCCGCAUUUGUCUCUUUUGCUACAGAUAGUGUCAUCGAGCAAGGCAGCAGCGGCAGUGGCACCUUUGUUCCCAAUGAAGAUCUUAAUCCCGUUUCUAACCUCUUACCUUCUUCAUCCUCCAGUUCCGUUGGCAGUGAACCGAUUGUCUUCCAUCCACAUCUGUAUUCGGAUUCUAACCGUCCAAUUCCUGUACAAUUUAUCAUGUGUGACUCCCAUACCGGUUGUCCGCAGUUUCUCUCCCCUAUGUGGAAUUGUACCACCACUUUGGAAUCACUCCCACCGUACUCAACUUCGAUGUGUCUGUCUCCAUCGACUUCGUCCCAUCAAUCGGUGGCGGACUCAUGUUCCAACUUUUCGGUGGGUUAUUUAAUCGGCCAACCGACAUCGUGCGGACCGAUCGCAUCGGAAGACCAUGUGACCUCGUCCGCCAUAUGUUCCACCUCAUCAUCCGCUGACUCGAACACAGUUUACUUUGGUUUCGAUCCAUCUGGAUCUUCCUGAUCAUGCACCUCGCAACCUUGUUGUACCUUUUUCGCUUCUUCUCCCCGGUCACUAUCAUGCAGCUUUUGUACAUACUUAUGUGAUUCUCUUUGAUAUAAAAUUACUUGCUGAAAAUGUUGCGCAGUGCUCUUUAUGAGCGGUACAUAUGUCAUACAGCUGAAGGUAUCUGCCAUAGAUUUGGAGACCAAGUCUCGAUUCUGCCCUGUGGCAUGCGAAAUAACGUCAACUUCAGGGCACAGGAGAGUUGCAAAAGUGGGCCAACACUAUUACAUCUAAUAGAUCGAUGUGCUAGCGAAAUCAUCUAAUGAAGAUGCAUGCAUCCCAGACUCAUCAAUUAUACUGUGAUCUUUUCAUAAACACAUCACA